AUUGCUUCGCCUUAAAAAUCGUAGUCUCGUUUUUUUGUUUGUGAAAAUAAUCCUCGAAUUCCAGUUUUUACUUUGUUCAAUAAGAAUUAAAUAUAUUUGAAAAAUCAUACAUAUUUUAUAUUAUUGAAAUUAUUAAAGUGAUGCAAAGGAGUCUAUUAUAGAUAAAUAUAAAAAAAAUUAAUUUUUUGCAUUAGAAUUGGAAUUAUAAAUCUUUCCAUUUAUAAAUAAACAAAAAUCUUAACUAUGUCGACACGCAAGAAGUCUUUGCUUAAAGUCAUCAUACUGGGAGAUAGUAGCGUUGGCAAGACAUCGCUAAUGAAUCAAUAUGUAAAUAAACGCUUCUCAAAUCAAUACAAAGCCACAAUUGGUGCUGAUUUCUGUACAAAAGAAGUUGUUGUCGAUGACCGAGUGGUGACAAUGCAAAUAUGGGACACUGCUGGUCAGGAACGCUUCCAGUCAUUAGGUGUUGCCUUCUACAGAGGUGCAGAUUGUUGUGUACUUGUUUAUGAUGUUACGGCACCAAACUCAUUCAAAAAUCUCGACUCAUGGCGUGACGAAUUCUUGAUACAAGCAAGUCCAAGAGACCCUGAACAUUUUCCAUUUGUUGUUCUUGGAAAUAAAUUGGAUUUAGAUAAUCGUCAAGUUUCAACAAGGAGAGCGCAACAAUGGUGUCAGUCAAAGAAUGAUAUACCUUAUUUUGAAACAUCAGCGAAGGAAGGUAUAAAUGUGGAAUUAGCCUUUCAAACUAUUGCUAAGAAUGCACUCGCUCAGGAAGCUGAGGUUGAACUUUAUAAUGAAUUUCCUGAUCAAAUUCGCCUUAAUGCUGAUAGGAAUAAUCGCCCUGGAAACGUUGAUAGCUGCCAAUGCUAAUGAAAUAGGUGACAGUGGAAAACUUUUAAAGAACAAAUAACGAAUAUGCAAUCACGUUUAGAUCAGAGUAGGUAUCUUAAAGCCAGAAGCCAGGAAAGAAUAUCGAGAACAACAAAUAUAAUGGCGCCGAAAAUAACAUAAACACAAUUAAAUAAAUACGUAUACAUAAAUAAUUAUUAUACAUAUUACGAAAUACAAUAUAUAAAUAUAAUAGAACUUAUCUUAAGUAAAAACAUCAAAAAAGAAAAAAUAACAAAAAAAUUUAAAAUAACAAAGCUGAGCUACAAAAUAUUAAAUUUGAAAAAUGAAAAAAACAAAAGCAAAAGCAAAAGCAAAAAAUUAGCAAACUUUUUCAAUAUUUUUGAAAAUUUUUAUUGAAAUUUAGCAUAAAAUUAAACUAAUUAAUUUUACUUUAAUUAUAACGCGAUAUUUGAUAAAAACAUAUACAUGUACAUGAUGUAAUGUUUAUUGCUGAACAGUUUUCCUAUUUUCAUGCUCUUGUGCCGCCCGUGCCGAAUCUUUGGUUAUUGUUAAUUAAAAUUUAUUUACAUUAAAUGAGAAAGAAAAUAAAUAAUUGUACAUGCACUUUUAUUCAAAUUGAAAACCUUGUGAUUGUGAUGUUUUUACAAUUUGCUCUUAAUUCUUAUAUUUUUAUUUCUAUCAUUUAUUCUAU